AUGUCAAGCAGCAGACAGUCAGACAGCAGGAUUCAGCACGCAUCAGCAGCAGAGCAACACAGCGGGCAGGGAGAAGCAGCAUCUCAGCGGCAGCACGCAGCAGCAGACAUCAGCAAGAACAGCAGCACAGCAGCAGAUCAGCAGCAGCUACAGCAGACAGCAGAGCAGUCGAGGGCAGUCAGCAGGCAGCCAGCCCAGGCAAACCAGUCAGAGCAGCAGCACCAGCAUGCAGACAUGGUCGAGCAGCAGCAGUCAGCAGCAGGCAGCAUGCAGCCGCAGCAGCACACAGUCUCAACAGUCAGCCUCCACAGCAUGGCAGUCCAGUCAGCAGCGCAGCAUCAAGCAUCCGAGCAGCUAGCAGACAGACAGCAGCAGCGCAGCAGCAGCCCCCAGCAGCAGUCAGCAGCAGCCUAG